UGAGAGAAAGAAGUAACAUCUGUGCAGUAAUGCUGUUUUUGCAAAUUUCAUUGCUAGCAGUUCUCCUCGGAGGUGGUGACAGUGAAGAUGCCUUCCAGGACCAAAUCUUCAGAAUCAUUGGCACUUUUUCCUUACACAACCGCUCCUGGGCCCACAGUUGGGGCUCUGGCUGGUUGGGUGAGUUGCAGACUUACAGCUGGAACAGCAGCUCUCGUGGUUUCAUUUCCCGGCGGCCUUGGUCUAAUGGCAACUUGAGCAAGAAGGAGGUGACAGAAACAGAAGAGUUACUUGAAGCUAAGCACAAUGAAUUGCUACACUUAUUUCACAAACAUGCCAAUGAAUGGAUGCUUGAAUAUCCCUUUGAGAUACAAUGUACAGUAGGCUGUGAGCUGCACUCUGGAAAACUCAAGCUAGACUUCUGGAGAUUUGCUUAUCAAGGAUCAGAGAUCCUGAGCUUCCAGAACAGUUCAUGGGUGCCAUCUCUACAGGGUGGAACUAGAGCUCAGAAGAUGUGCAAAAUGCUCAACAAGAACAUUAUCUUAAACAAAUUGAUAUACUGGAGGGUCAGCAAAAUAUGUCCACGCUUCCUUUUGGGUGUCCUUGAUGCAGGGAAGGCAGAUCUCCAGAGAAAAGUAAAACCAGAGGCCUGGCUGUCCACUGGCCCCAGUCCUGGUCAUCACCAUCUGUUGCUGGUUUGUCAUGUCUCUGGCUUCUACCCAAAGCCAAUUUCCGUAACGUGGAUGCGAGGUGAACAGGCACAACAGGCCUCUCAACAAAGUGAUAUCUUGCCCAAUGCUGAUGGGACAUGGUAUCUUCGGAGUUACCUGGAUGUGGAAGCCACCAAGACAUCUGGCCUGUCUUGCCGGGUGACACACAGCAGUCUAGAAGGCCAGGACAUCAUCCUCUACUUGGACCGUCCGACCUCCAAGGGCUUGAUCAUCGUGGCAGUGAUGGUACCCCUGGUGCUUCUUCUGAUAGGUCUUGCAUUUUGGCUUAAAAAGCGCUGGAAACACUGCGAACCUCCUCCCACUCUUCAUCCUUUGGAAAGAUUCCAGCAGCCCCGGGACUCAAAACAUACUUAAAACUCAGCAUGGUGAUAAUGUCAUUUCAAUGCUCUUUUGUACAUUUUUUACUAUUUUUUACCUACGUUUAUUCAAGGUUCCAUUAUUAAUAUAAACUAGUCAUUAUUUUGCAGGAUUUGCUUUCUGACCUGGUUCUGAGGUUUUAAAACUCAUAUGUUAACUCUAGAUAAAAUGAGAUCCUAGUAACUUCUACAUAGUGGAAAAUUAAUGAAUCUCAGGCCCAUGUAAGAUGUCACUUCUUGGGGGGGGGGGGCAUUCCCUGAUUCACAAGUGGAAGCAGUGUCUGAACUCCCACCACACUUUGCAGAACACUUUGCCGUGUUUAUACUUUUUAUCCUGUGUUUCAGCUAUGCAGGUCCCUUUCCUUCUAAUUUUUAAAUUCCCUGAGAGCAA